UCGCGGUCAGCGGAAAUUGAUAGGAAAUAUUAAUCCUGCUCAUUAUCUCUCACACAGUUGUAGAAUUAAUACAUCAUGAGACGCGGCAUAUUCAUUUUAUGUUUAAGUAAAAUAAUCGUAAGUGCUUAUGAAAUAGGAGUACCAAAGAUAACCAGUGUGUCAGCUUUGGAUCCAGUAGGUUUCUUUAUACAAUGGAAAGGCGUGACAAGCUUUAACAAGGACCCAGUUCUUGGCUAUAAGAUCAGAUUGUGGAAAGUUGAAGAAGACAGUCAGGGGUAUUUAAAAUUGGUGAAUGGGGAAGAAAUACCAGGUUUACUUUUGGAGGAUAGGGCGUUGGAGCCAGUUGAUAAAGUUAAAACACCCAAAGCACAACCGCGAGAGGUGGUCAUAAACAAUGUAUCUACUCAAAAAGCUAAAGUAUACAACGUCAAUUACAACACGCUGUACGAGAUACGAAUUCUAGCGUAUAAAAUGAACGAAGAUGGCCCGUUAUCGGAGCCGGCGAGGGUAAAAAUAAUGAAAGGUGAUGCAUAUUUUAUUCUCAUUCAGAAGAGGCCGGGUGAAGACUGCGCGGUGUCCAUCGCUACGAAUGUCACUAUUUCUGAUGAACCGUAUUACCACUUGGAAACUGUGUAUUUUUAGCUAUAAUAAUUGCUUUCGUUCUGUCGUAUUUCUUCCUGUAUAAUUUUAAAUCAGAACAGGAUAUGUAUUAUGUGGUCAAUAAUAUUACUUGUUCUAUAAAAUAAUGAAAAAUAUCUGUAUAAUAGUCUUAGUUACUAAUAUUGUGUACAUUUAAAUAUAUUUCAUUAUGUUUAAAUUAGGCAAGAAGCGGUGAAAUGUCUUCUUAUAUUGAAAAAAUAAUAAAUCUUUCCUCGCAUA